CACUGACAGUGACCGGCAGUGUUUCUAUAUAAUAUGUCAGAUAGUGUUUGUUUUUGAUGAAGAUAAUCUUUGGCGAAAGUAUUUUUAUGGUGUCGGCAAUGUACAGUUGUUUACGUUUGAUACGUGCUACGACGAGUGUGUCUUGAUUGUAUGGUUAGUGCUGACUAGGUUUUCCUGAAUCGUGACACUAUGACAGAGCAAACUCGUUCGGCUACGCCCGCCGAAGCCACUGUGACACUGGUCGAAAGCGAAGAGGAUAUUCAGCAGGAUGUUCCUACACUUCGACUAAGACUCCGAAAACCAAAGCCUAAGAAGAAAGUUCAGUGGCGGUCUGGAACAGUUGAUAAUGAACAUUUGAACAAGAAGAAGUCAAAAUGUUGUUGCCAGUAUGAGAAACCAAGACAGUUUGGUGAAAGCUCCUCUGAUAGUGAUGAUGAUGAAUGUGAGAACUGUCAUGGUCAUGUAGAAAGGAAAAGGAAGAAGAAACAAGAUAAUGGUUCUUCAUGCCCAUUGGAAGAUAAAGAUGGUGCAUGCUCCCCUCCUAAUGAGCCAUCCACAUCUAAUUCUCAUCAAUAGUUUUUGACGUUAAAUUUGGAUCUAGUUGGUGUGAAGCAUAGAUGUGACUUGAGACACCACAAGUCUCUUCAUUACAGUCAAUCAACUAUUUGUGGAUCAGCUGUAUUCUGCUAUCUGCUGGUGUUAUAAUUCAUAUAUAACAAGAGACUGUGUAACACCAAAGUAUUAAUUUCUGUAUGGUUAUAUCCAGUUGAAAUAUUUAUUUGUAAAACUGUAUAAUAUUUUCAUCUUUGUUGACAUACUUGCUGGGUCUCCACGUACAAAGCAAAGUGCACCUUGGACCUCGAAAAUUCAUAUUUAAUCUGUGUUUAGACAGUGUUCACUCAUUCAUAUUAUGCAUGGUUUUAUUAUGUGGCAUGUUCAAUGAUUUUAUACAAGAUUUUGUUCCUGGAUAUGAGAAUAUUCAGAAUAUUAUUAACUAAUAAGCUAUUGUUUAUAAAUUGGAAUGAAACAAUAGUUUGUGUUAGUAUAAUUCAUUGUCAUUUCCACUUUAAUGGUGGACGUGAUUAGUGACAGUGCUUAUCACCUCAGUCUAUUAUGUAAAUAACAAGAAAUAAUGAUGAUGUAUGUUAUGCUCGAAGUGUCACAAAUCACAUUUGUGUGUGUGUGUGUGUGUGUGUAUGUGUGUGUGUUUUUUCUUUUUUUUUUAAUUUUGUGUUAAGGUUGUUUAAUAAUGUUGUCUUUAAACAUGAAUAUUUCUACUUUGUGUUUAUAUCUAUUAGUUUCUUGAGAAGUAACAAUUGUGUGCCAACUGUAAUUAACUGUGAUAGAUUUAAAGUAAAUUGUUAUGAAUUCCUUUCAAGAAUUGUGGAUUAGUUGGCCAUUACGUGAAAAAUUACAAAAUACAUAACUAUACAAAUAGUUUAUCAUGUGUCUGUCAGUUGUAAAAUAAAAUAUUUAUGAUGAUGAUGAUAGUAUCUCAGAUUGGAUGGAGAGAAUAUAAGACAGCACAUAUGACAACAGAAAAGGGUGGUAUAUUUCUUGUUAGAAUAGUUUUAGUGUAGCUUUUGUUGCAGAACAUGUUCACAUAUAUGUAGACUGCUGCUGUCAAUGUUAGUUUCAAUAAAAUUCUUCUGAAUUUGUUA